AUGGCAUGCACUAACAUUGCUCAACAACAGGCACAGAAGCUCGCACUCAUCGAAGCUCUGAAUGAACACCGGAUCAACGCAAUCGGAGAACUUCGUCGUGUUGAGCGGAUGUUCGCCGCGCUAGGCUCCUCAGAUCUCACGCAGCCCAUGACCUCUGCCUGGAUGUACUAG